AUGCUUUCACCAAACGCACUUCGGAUUCUUGAUAGUCUGGGUGUUUACGAGCGGCUAGCACCCUUGGCUUAUCACUUCCAAAACCUCCACUUUCGUACCGAUGACGAUAAACUUCUCGACACAUUUGAAUUUGGCUCUGAGGAGAAAUACGGAUUUGACGGUGUACGAGUUUAUCGAUUCGAACUCAUCAAGGUCCUUCUUGAGAAGCUUUCAGAAGGCGGCAUCAGACCUCACUACGGCAAGAAGUUUGUUAAAGUCACAGGCGAAGACUCCGAAAGUGUCACUUGGGCCUUUGAUGAUGGGUCUUCUGAGAAAGCAAGUUUUCUCAUCGGCGCAGAUGGCAUUCACUCUCGCGUUCGGGCGCACAUCAACGCCAACGCAAUUCCAAUUUUCACCAAAAUGAUUGGUGUCUCAGCUACCAUUCCCACAGCGCAGUUGGGCUUCAGGGUUGAUGAUGACUAUCCGCUGCCCGUUACUGUCAUGAACAAAAAGCAUGGUGCUUUUGUCGCCGCUCCUCAACGUAAGGACGGCUCCGAGAUCUUCAUUGGUAAACAGUGUCAUUUCACAGAAGAGCCCGACCGUGAAGGUUGGGAGCGCAUCACAAGCGACAAGGCAUGGUGCAUUGAAUUUCUACGACAAGGAAGUGAGGAUUACCCACCAUUCGUCGCUCGAGCCGUAUCGAACAUACGCGUUGAGACCAUUAAUCUGUGGCCCUUCUACAUCAUCCCAAAACUCGAAUCAUGGGCUUCAAGCCAAGGCCGUGUUGUUAUCCUGGGAGAUGCAGCCCAUGCCAUCCCCCCUACCGCCGGACAGGGUGUUAACCAAGCGUUUGAGGACGUCUACGUGUUUGCCAAGAUCGUAGGCAGGGUAAACCAGACCGCGGAUAGGAACUUGCGCUCUGUGCUGCAUGAGUGGCAGCUCAAGCGUCAAGAACGAGUUGAUCAAGUUCUAGAACUCAAUGCAAGCAUCAACAAAAGAAGAUUACCAGCAAAAGGCGACGAUAUAGUCUCUCAUGAAGCUUUUGAUCUGGAUUGGCUCUACGGUGUGGACUUCGAGGCUACGGUGCAGCAAAUCUUGGUACAGCACAGCCAUUGA